AUGGUUUUACGAUUCCGCGUCCCGGCAUGGGCAGUGAAGCGGCGCAACGCAGCGCGACGGCUUCCCAGAUAUGCAAAGCCCGGGAGCGCAUCAUUUCUCGGUGGACGCAAUGGCCUUAGCUUCGAGCGCGGUCUCCCGGAGUGACUCGCGGAUCAUGACCGUGUUCCGCAGCAAAAGCGAGACCGCCGACGCAACAAAUGCUGCUCUGCUGGACGCCAGGGACAAGUUGCUCAGGACAGUCAAAAAGGAGGUGAAGCAGAUCAUGGAGGAAGCAGUGACGAGGAAGUUCGUCCACGAGGAGAGCAGUACCAUCACGUCCCUGUGUGCCGCGGUGGACGCGUGCCUGUCUCACGGCCUCAAGCGUCGCGCCCUGGGGCUCUUCAAGACCAACUCGACGACGGCGCUGCUGCACAAGAUGGCCAAGAACUUCGAGCCGGCCGCCGCCAUCGCUCGGAUGGUGACCGACCUGGAAAGUGCCGCGGAAUUGGAAACGAGUGAUGCGGAGAGCGGUGGCAGCCGUCUGCGCAGCCAGACCCGGAAGCAGCCGUCGGCGGCGGCGUGGUCCGCAAGCGGGCGCUACCUGUGGAUCCGGCUGGCGCUCUUCGAGAAGCUGCUGGCCACCAUCGUCGACCACCUGGUGCACCAGAGCAGCAAGUACUACGACAAGGACGCCCUGGUCGCAGACCCGGUCUCCGGUCAGAUCCUGGCCUCUCUACUCGUGGGUCCCUGCGCGCUGGACUACUCCAAGAUGAAGACACAGGACCACUUCUGGACGGACCCUCCGGCCGACGAGCUGGUGCAGCGGCACCGACUGUCCAGCGGACUCGCGCCUCCCGGAAACGGACCUUCCACGCCGCCGUCGUCUAGGAGGCCGCUGGGACUGCAGUACCGGCGGGACCUGAAGGCCUCGGGCAGUUCCUCGGAGGAGGGCCACCGGGUGGUGCCGCUGGUGGCCCGAGACUACGUCGAGUCGCUGCACCAGAAUUCGCGCUGCACACUGCUCUACGGCAAGAACAACGUCCUCGUCCAGCCCCGCGAGCACCUGGAGCCGAUGCGGGGCUACCUGUCGCUGCACCAGCGCUCCGAGGGGCUGGCGCUCAAGUGGACGCCCAACCAGCUGAUGAACGGCUGCUGCAGCGAAACCAGCUCCUCGGGCGACUCUAUGGGCAGCAGCCAGGACAAGAGCGUUUACUGGGACUACGCACUGAGCGUGAACAUGCAUGAUAUCGUCUAUCUUCACUGUCAUCAACAAUCCUCGGACACCGGCGGCACCCUAGUACUGGUCGGCCAGGACGGGGUGCAGCGUCCGCCGAUCCACUUCCCUCGGGGCGGCCACCUGCUCGCCUUCCUGUCCUGCCUCGAGAACGGGCUGCUGCCCAAGGGACAGCUGGACCCGCCGCUUUGGACGCAGAGGGGAAAAGGCAAGGUGUUCCCGAGGCUACGCAGAAAAGGCAAGGCCUCGUCCACCGUCGGCGAGGACUCGUCGGAGCCGGAGUCGGAAGACGGUAGCUCCGACUUCGUCUUCCGUGUCAUGGGCUCCCUCAAGCCGGACUCGCUCGAGGACCUGCUGGAAGGCGCGGGGCUAGCGGAGCAAGAGGCCUCCGCGGACCGGCGCCGCGUGUCCCGCCUGCAGGCCCACUCGUCCUCGUCGCGGUCCAGCGAGUCCCCCCCGCUGACGGCUGACGACGUGCCCAAGGCCGAGGCGCCCCGGCCACCCAGGGCCAACGGCUGCACCGCCGGGCAAUCGAUCCAGCUUUUGUGCGACACCAUGAAGAAGCAGAUCAUCUCGAGGGCCUUUUACGGAUGGCUGGCGCACUGCCGGCACCUGCGCACCGUGCGCACCCACCUGUCCGGCCUGGUGCAGCCGACCAUGGUGUCCCGCGAGGAGCCCUGCGACGCCACGGGGGGCCUGACCCCGGAGGCCUGGACGGGCCUGUCGCCCGGCGGAGUGGUCAGCAACGCCCACGAGCUGCACCGCCUCGUCUACUUCGGGGGCGUCGACCACGACGUCAGGAAGUUGGUGUGGCCGUACCUGCUGGGCCACUACGCCCUGGGCAGCACGGACGCGGAGCGGGACGCGCGCGACGGCAGCGCCCGGGCGUCGUACGAGAACACGCUGUCCGAGUGGCUGGCCGUCGAGGCCAUCGUGCGCCAGCGGGACAAAGAGGCCAGCUGCCUCGCCAAGCUCUCCUCCGAGAGCACCACCAGCGAGAUCCCCCUCAUAGGCCCCAAGGACGCCCACCUGAGCAACGAGGUGUUCGAGGAGGCGAGCAGCGAGGGAGGCUCCCUGAACGAGCCCCAGGAGGAGACUGAACUCCAGGAAGAGGUCGAGCCCUGGCCCCAGGCCGAAGCGGCCGAGGCGUCGCCCAGCGCCUAUUCCACGCCCGGGGGCACGCCGCAACGUCUGAGCCUCCUCCGCCACACGCAGGAGGCCAGCCUGCCCGGCCAGGGCCCCGUGGCACUGGCCCUGGACUCGCCCAGGGACUCCCUGGACGCAGCUCACGAGGGAGUGGAGGAAGGCGGGGAGUGCUCCUGUCCCCGGGGGGACCUUCUGCUCCCGCCGCCCGAGCACGGGGACCAGCUGUCCGUCGACUCGAGCUGCGUGUCUCCGGCCUCGUCCAGCGGAGGCGUUUACUCGACGGACCUGCUGGACCUGUUCUCGCUGAACCUACACCGCAUCGACAAAGACGUGCAGCGCUGCGACCGCAACUACUGGUACUUCACGCCGCCCAACCUGGAGAAGCUGCGCAACGUCAUGUGCACCUACGUCUGGGAACACCUAGACGUCGGCUACGUGCAAGGCAUGUGCGACCUCGUAGCGCCCCUGCUGGUCAUCUUCGACGACGAAAUGCUGACCUACAGCUGUUUUUGUGAGUUGAUGAAGCGCAUGGCUGCCAACUUCCCCCAUGGGGGUGCCAUGGACCACCACUUCGCCAACAUGCGGUCCCUGAUCCAAAUCCUGGAUGGCGAGAUGUUCGAGCUCAUGCAUCAGAACGGGGACUAUACACAUUUCUACUUCUGCUACCGCUGGUUUCUGUUGGACUUCAAGCGGGAACUGGUGUACCAGGACGUCUUUAGCGUCUGGGAGACCAUCUGGGCCGCGAAGCACGUGGCCUCUGGGAACUUCGUGCUCUUCAUCGCCUUAGCCAUGGUCGAGUAUUACAGGGACAUCAUCCUCGAGAACAACAUGGACUUUACAGACAUUAUCAAGUUUUUCAACGAAAUGGCUGAGCGCCACGACGCCAAGGCGGUGCUUCAGAUCGCCCGAGAACUAGUCCUUCAAAUUCAGACGCUCAUCGACAACCGCUAAGCAGUCGCAGGCUGCGAUCGUCCACGGCCCAGGUCACUUCGGCCCGGGAUCUCAAGAGGAGUGGGCAACCCAAAGCUUGCAUGCGGGAGGAGCCACAUCGCCGGGACGCGGUCGACCGAGGGUGCCUUCAUGUGCACUUUUGCUUAGGGUUGGUGUCAUCUCUGUUUUGCUUACCAUGCUCCUUCUUUUCUUUUUGCAUUUGUCCUGUGAGCGCGUGUUGUGUACAUCGGGUACUACAAAGAAUGGCACCACUCUUAACAAAAGUACAUUAAGGCACCAUAUGCGGAGAGAAGCGGAGGAGGUGAGAGCGCGCGGGCACGUCAGAUCGUCGAGCUCUGAUUGGAGUGAUUAGUGGGUAGGCUCAAAGGCCGGCUGCCUUUGUUUCGACCAUACAUCCUGGUCUCAUCUCAUUGUUCGAACGCGUUCGAAUGCCGAACGCCGGCGUCCGGCGCUCGAUCGCGAGACACUGCGCGAGGAGCAGAAGACGCUCUUGCUCGCUCUGAUUGGACGGUGGGUUGAGCAGACAAAUGCGGCCAGCCUUGGCGUCUACCCACUAAUUCUUCCUAUCAAAACUCGAUGCUCUGACGUUCCCUCGCGCUUUCAUUUCCUCCUUUCCCUCAGUUUCCUUCCGUAUAAAUCGACUGUUAGGCCGAGCCUGAACAAUCUCUGUGCUGUCCGAGUCUUUCCAAAAAAGAAACAUGUUGUGUUUUAGCUGUUCUAUUUUUGGCCUGCCGUUGCUUAAAAUUGUGCGAGAGAAUGACGGAGGGAAAAAACCAAAGUGUUCGACUGUUUGGAAUGAAUGUGAAAGCGGCAGAAUACGUAAUACAUAUAUCGUCUAUUGCUCUGUGAAAGCAUUCUAUGAAAUGUUGCGUUGAUUUAAGCCUCGUUCGUAAUGAAUAAACAUUCCAGAGCUUUUAUUUCAA